AUGGAGGCGGAGCCAGCAGCCAUACCGUCCGGACGCAUCCUGUGGGAGCUCAGUGAUAGCCGCAUUAUUAAACAUCCAAAAUCGUCACUUCAGCCCUGCUCUUGCUGCUGCCGAACAAGUGCCCAAUUCCCUGCAUCAUGGGGUGUAAGAACAAGAAAUAUAAAGCAGAUAGCCGCACGAUUCCUGCCGAUAUCGGUGACUUACUAUGGAGGCCACACAGCACCACGAAACCUGUCAUGGUUCCCAUCUCAGACCGGCCUUCCCGAUUAUCCAGCAAAGGAAUCUCUAGCUGAUGUGGGGGAGUCCAAGAAGCCAGCUGAGAGGCAGAGGACUGCCACACCUUGGAUAACAGCUGGAGGUCCACCGGUAACAGAGGGAGCUCUGAAGAGCCUGCUGGAUGAUCUUCGCCGCAAUAUUGUGGCCGACAUCGCUGUGUUCCGGGAGGAAAUUAAUGAAGUGUUGAUACACCUCCAUGACACAGAGCUCACUACUGCAGCCCAUGAUACACAGAUUACAAAACUGGAAAGUGAGCUGUCUGCUCUGAAGCAUGAACAGGCUCAAAUCCAUAACCACAUGGCGACAAUGGAAGACCGCAGGCAGUGGAAGAACGUGAAAGUUCAGGGGCCUGGGAGAUUCAAUUACAAUAACAGAAAUACCACACCUGUUUCGCUUUGCUGGCAAGCUUUUUCUCUGCAAAACAAACUAAAUACAUGCUAUUGGAUGUAUGUUACCGGCUCCCAGCACCGCAGACAGAAUCAGCAGGUACAAGCAGACAUGUAA